UCUUGAUUGCGCAUCGUGUGGAUGAUGGGGUGUUGGGCGAUAGCUCUCGACCCGGUUUCUUCGUGAUCCUCCCACUAUGGCUGUUGCUGCCACGAUCAGCACGCUAACGGAAGAGCUAGUCGCGACCGUUGCGAAGCUGGACUCAAAGGAUACGCCGCGAUCGAGGAAUUUGAAGCGACGUGCCGAAGAGUCUUUCAAAUCCAACGCCUAUGCGCGCACGAACCAGUUUGCCGUUGCCAGUCAACUAGAUGGCCUGCAGGAAAAGUUCCAGGUUCUCAACAAAGAUGAUCUGGCCGAUGCGCUGCGGUCUCGCUUGACAGAGCUGGAGGAUCACCGAAGCUCUUGGUUUCCGGAGAUUCUCUCUCUGCUGCUGCAGCUUGCAGACCGUCCGGCGCAGCUGUCGCGGCUAGAUCGCAUCGAGCAACCGAAGCACGAGCAGGUCAAACCGGUUUCCUGGAACGAUUUGGAUGCCGCUGGAUCGGCAUUCUGCGAUGAAGAUAUCUGGGAAGCGGUCGACUUUGGUGCAGAAUCUUCCGAUGAGGAUCUACGGUCUGUGUCCAGCGUGGGCCACUCGCGGAAUCUACCACAAACCUCUGUUGUCCCGGAUGAGGACUAUGUUAUCCCGGACGAUGCAUUCUCUCCUUUGGACGACGAGGAUGUGAUACUCUCAAUUAAAAGUGCCCAGUUUUGGAGAGACGAAAACCAUCACAAGGCCGAUCAACAUCAGAAAUUCUCUUCUCGUGUCAUAACCGAGCUUCAAGUUGUCAGAGAAGCCAUCUUCAUGCUGCAAGGGCUUCCUACUUCGAUGUUCUGGCGGCUUGACGACAGCAUCGAGGUGGACCGAAGGUACAAACUGGCCCAAGUGUCCGAUGAAACGUUCUUGCCGUUAUUACGGACAUUAUGCUCCAUUGGGGCUCGACUAGACAUUCUGAGACGAUUCGUCAGGCUUCCGCAGACCAUUGCGCACGUCCAGACCUUCCAUCGGGAUAUUGAGGAUUGUCUACGUGGAUUUGACGAGUUUUUGUCGACUGUGCAAUCUAAAUAUCUCUCGCAGAAUGAAACUGUUGCCGUUAGUCUCCUGCAGUUAUCCGAAGACGUCCACAGAGAAUCGAGACUGCUGCUACUAUUGACGGAUAUUGUUUCAAAGCUCAAGCGCAGCGGAUCGGAAAACCCCGUUCGGUGCCUGGAUCUACUAUACGACCUAGUUUGCAUGGCGCAGGCCACUGGCUAUGACGAUGAAUUCAGAAUUCUGGCUAAAAUGUUUUUCUCAUGCUUCAAGACAUAUGCACGGCCGAUAAAUCUUUGGAUGGAGACAGGAGAGUUGAAGGACUCAGUCGGUGGAACACUUUUCAUUCUAGACAAUCGCAACGACAGCGAUCUUCGGACACUUUGGCAUGAUUGGUACACCUUGGAUGGCGCGUCAAGGCUCUUGAGUGUCCCGAAAUUCAUUCAACCGCUUGCGCGCAAGAUCUUCAUUACAGGAAAGAGUACGGUGUUUUUACAACACUUGAACGUGUUUCAUGAGCAGGAGCACACGCGCGAAACUCCGUUGACAUUCGAAGACGUUUUCCCGCAAGACGCCUCUUCUCUUUAUCUCCCGUUCUCUGCGCUGCUUGAGUCUGCCUUUGGGAGAAUGGUUGACAGGCAGCACUCUCUUAAAUCAAGUUGGUUGCGGCAGGAGCUUGAUCAGCAGUGUGGUCUGUGGACCUCACUCGAAGCUUUGGAACAUAUUUAUCUCUGCAAAGAUAUGAGCGUCGUGGGGCCCAUCGACAAUAAGAUCUUCGAGUUGAUCGACCGGGGCAGGGGUGCUUGGAGUGACAGAUUCUUGCUGACCGAACUGGCGCAAAGUGCCUUCAGCACCUUGCCUGUGAUUGAUCCAUCCAGGCUAAUCGUUCGAUCCAACAAAGACACACGCGACAAGCUGAAUGGGCGCCAUCGAUCCGUGAAGAUACUCGAAACCAUCUCGUUCGAUUACAUUUUGCCCUGGCCCGUUGCGAACAUCAUCACCAAGGAUGCCAUCCUGGGUUACCGGCGAAUCUCCACAAUUCUGAUGCAGAUCCGCAGGGCAAUGUACACGGUUCAAAAGCAGCGCCUGCAAUAUUCCGACCGACCGGAUAAAAUAUCUGGCAAAGGCACGAACCCCUUGGACUACAUUUUGCGGCAUAACAUGCUUUGGUUUUUGAAUACUCUCUAUAGCCACAUGACGGGAUUUGUGGUUUCAACGGCUGUCGAGUCACUGCGCAAAGCUCUGGACGACGCAAACGACGUGGAUGCGAUGAUCGCUGCCCAUCGAUCGCACAUGGUAUCUUUAGAAGAGCAGUGUCUGCUUUCCCAGAAUUUGCAUGCUCUCUAUCAAGCUAUCAUCACGCUGCUCGAUCUGUGUGUUAGCUUUGCGGAUCUCCAGGCUACCAUGAAAGGUGCAUCACAACCCGAGUGGAGCAAAUCGUCGCGACAUGAUUAUGACGAUGAGGACGAUGACGAAGACAGUGACGACCCUGACGCGGAUGGAGACACGAUGGCGCCAUCCGUCCAUGAAAGCCAAUAUGAUGAACGGUUGCACGAUAUCAAGAAUCAAUUCGACCGGCUCAUUGCUUUCAUGACGGCCGGAUUGAAGGGGAUUGGACGAGUGGAUGGUCAGCUUAGCUGGGAGAUCCUAGCAGAGAAGCUUGAAUGGAGAAAAGCACGGCUGAAUGGUGUUUGAUGGGUUGCUUGGAUAAUUUGGACGAAUGACUUGAUGAAUCUAUGUCGCACUUAUGGAAAUCUGUCUACAUUUAAUACCCCGAUAGAGUCAAG